AUGGCGCACAGGCGGCACGGCUGCGAAGUUUCGCCUCAGACCUCGUGUUGUCUACUCCUAUUGCUGGCGGCGUUCACGGCGGUUAUGAGUAACCAUUCUGCCUCCGCGGAUGACGCGGCUUCCCUUCCCGAGUUGCUUUCCACCUACUCCAAUGUUGCGUUGCUGGAUCCGCGCUUCGAGCUCUAUUGGACCGUCAACAGCAGCGACGCGACCAUUCACAUGGCAUUGAAUGCAAAAACUAAGGGAUGGUUCGCUAUAGGCAUCUCCGAGAUUGGCUCCAUGGUGGGCUCAGAUGCCCUCGUCGCAUGGGUCGCACAGUCCGAAGCCCGCGUGUAUGCGACGGAUCGCUUCAUCUUCAACAAGACGACCGCGGGAAUCGUACUCGACGACAAGCAGGACUGGCACAUUCUGGGCGGCAGUCAGACCAAGAACCAAUCCACGGGCGACACGUGGACCACCGUGCACGUGUGGCGCAAGCUGGACACGGGCGACUGCAACGACCGUCCCAUAGUUCCCGGGAAGCUUCACAACGUCAUCUGGGCGCUGGGCGCCACGGCUGUCGUCAGCUACCACAGCUCCGACCGCGGCGCGUCCUCUCUCGUGCUCGCUCCUGCCCCCGGCCCCUCCAUUAUCGCGCCCACGCCUCCCCCUUCCGCCUCCUCCUCCGCCUCCGCCUCCGCCUCCGCCUCCGCCUCCGCGUCCGCGUCCACUGCGUCUGAUUCGCUCCGAGCAUUUGGGAGGUUGGCUGCGCAGCAGCAGGCAGGGAAGCAGCAGCAGCAACAGGCGGCGCAGGAGAGCAGGCUGAAUUUCACGUUCACCAACUACCGGGUGCCAACGAACCACACGACCUAUCGCUGCAAGGUGGUGGACAUUGCUCUCAAGACCAAGACUCAUGCGGUUGAGUGGGGUAUCGUGCUCAACUCUACUGACAUCUCAGCCGUCCAUCAUGCCAUCAUCUACGGCUGCAAAGCCAAGGAGUACGGCAAUCUCAAGGGCGCGGGGGCCGACUUUGACUGCCUGCACGACAACCCAUGUGGCAUCACUGUCGCCAUGUGGGCUAUGGGCGGCAGACCCUUCACUUACCCGCCCAAUGUCGGCUAUCCCAUUGGCCCCGGAUACUUCACCAAGUUCGUGCUGCAGGCGCACUGCACAAGCCCCAUAGCGAUUUCGAUUUGA